AGCAGCACGCGAGGGGCAGGAGGCUGAUCAUCCUUACCGUCUUGUGCCACCACGUCUCUCCCUUUCACCUAAAGCGUCUCCUCUUUCUGUUGCUUCCCAGUCAGAUAAUAAAGAGAGAGACCAAUUUUCAUUUGGCACUGAUCAUGAUGUUAGAGGGAGCGAGGGCUUGCGGCUAUCGUCCCUCCAGCAGCGCCACGGGACACAGACCGGGGAUCGGUGGGGAGGAGACCCCCCAACAACAAAGACAAUCGACCAACUGGAGCAGCGAGCAGAUCUUCAGAGAUUCAGUGGUAGGGUAAAGAAGAGACGUAAAAAAGAAAAGCUGAAAAUGAUGUCAAAACCAGAGCAACGUGAAGGAAGGAGGGACAAAGGCCGCCGAGAAACGCGUGUCGGCGACGUCAGGGGAGAGGCGGCCCCACGCCACGCCAAGGAACAGGAAGUUGGGUACAAAGAAAAUUAUUUGACCUCGGGAGGUGAUGUGAAAGUCGACGAGGAUGACGCGAAUGACGCCCAUGAAGCCCAGAAUGACGUGGGCAGUGCGACCGAGGCGAGGCAAGUGGCACGGACGGGCCGCCCGCCCGCCCAUCAGCACGGUGACUCAGCACACACGCCUGUCAGCUUCACACUCGGGUCCCCAUCGGGGCGGGACGGGGCAGCAGCCACAGCACCCGAGGCUCUCGCCGCCGCAGGGCUUCCCUGGGAUGAGCGUGAGAGGAGGCAAUCGACUGUGAGGGGCGGGAGCGGCGGAUUGAGAGGCCCACAACCCAGUCAUUCCCUCGACACAUCCCGACCCCAACCAGACCCCACCGUGUCGUCGUCCUCCGCACUCUCAGAAUACCAAGACUUCCCCUUUGCCCCGCCCCUCGACCCCGACCAUCCUCCCAACUUCAAAGUGCUGGACUAUCACAAGUACAAGAAACUUUAUUUGGCACAACCCGAUCGCCGUAAAAUCGACUCCCAUGCAACUUCUGGGCCAGACCGAAGCACUGGGAAUCCAACGAGAAAAGCCGGCGAGCGAGGGAAUGAGGAGAGGACGGGCCCCUACUGGUCCCCUUCCCGCCGCACUGAUGGAAAGGCGCCCAAUCACACCGCCGAGGAUGGAAAGGGGAAGGCGGGACCCGCGUCACAAAGCUCCCACGCAAGACUGAGACCCGUGGAUCAUCUAGCGGAGGAGCGAGACGACGCCCUCAGCCUCGGUCUCAGCCCACUAGGCAGCCGCCUCUCCGCCACCAGCGCCACCAGCGCCACAACAGGAACUGCUCAGUACACUACACAAAAAAGUCCCAGAUGGAAUGCCGUAGAGGCGGCGGGUGGCGACUCGGGCGUCGGGUCAGGCUUGGCGGGCGGAGGUCAGGGUGAGGCAGGCCCGCAAGGCUUUUCCCGCCUACACCCGCCGCCCCGUGAAGGCCAGGCGCGGGCGUCGCGGGGCCCCGGCUACAUGAAGGACCUCCUCGAUUUCGAGCAGAGAAAAGGAAGGUUGCCUGAUAUGGGUUGCCGCCGCGAAAAGUGGGAGGAGUGUGAUGCCGUGCCUUCCUCCGCCGACAUCAUCAAUGAAACCAUCGUCAGCACCCUCGGGAACACCAUCGACAAUUCCAUCAUCCAGGAGCACAGACAAACCCAAGACCGGUUCGUGACUGAUGAAAGUCAAAUCACUGUCUUCCUGUUUGGGUCACUUACCUCGACAGGAAUCCACAAUUCGGUGCUGGUUUUGUACAUGGAUCUGCUCGUCACCAGCCAGAAGUACAUCCUCUACCUGGACACCCACAAUACUCUUACUAACACAACAGGCUAUGCCAAGCAGCUCAUUGAAUUUUCUCCUGCCCCUUCACUGAAAAACUGUCAAGUGAUUCCACUUCCUAAGACCAAAAGAUCGUACUUCCGUGCCUCAUGCAGUGAUGUGGAGGGCCAUUUCUACCCAGAGACACUACAGUGGAGCUACCGUUUUCUGCCCCGCGGCCCCAGAACUGUUUUUUAUUGUGGAGCCAGAACUUCCUUUGACUUCACACUUCCACCAGGCAUGGAUUCAAAUGACUACAAAAUAUAUAUAUCUGUAAAAGCAAUUGACGGGAAAGGAGUAUCCUACAAAUAUCCAGAUUUUCCAGCACUGAUAGUUCCACCAAGAUCCACCAGUGAAGCUGGUGUCCUGUUAAUCUUCCAAGAAAUUUCCACCAUAGAGAAUGAAAGUCCACCCUUGCUGCUGCAGCAGGUGCGGUCUUUGGCAUGGGAACUCAACAUCCUCAAGCCUUCCCUUGUAACUCAGACAAUUCUUGACAACAUUCUAACCAUACUCUUCUAUAAAACAAGCUGCAAGGACAUACUGGAAGGAACUCCUAGUUUUCUGGAGACAAAUGAGAAAGCAAGCACUAUUUUAUUUGUUAAAGUCAAUUUACUGAAAUCAUGUGCAAGAGAUCACUUGGCUGAGAAAGUAGUCAGCAAUCCAAUGCGAGAUGAAAUGGAAGUUAUUCAAGCUCUGACAGCUCUCCAGGUCAUUCUUGAUGGUAGUGAAAAAAUUUCCAGCACCACUUACCUGAGAGUCAUGUUAGCGAUGAACAUUGCAGCUGAAAGAAUGUGGUUCAGCUACUUUGCAGAAAUUAGAACAGAGGCUGCCCAGGAAUAUUUCAUUCUGACUUCAGCCAUGUUGGACAAACAAACAGAGAUUUAUGAUGUCAACACCACAUCAGUUGACCUAACCACCAACAUCAUCACGCAGCUGCUGGACAUCAUGGAGAUUGAGACAAGUGCUCGGUUUAUGGAAGAAAAGCCUCUCACCUGGUCUACUAACACUCUGACUUUCUAUGGCUACUGGGCUGUGUCUGACAGUAUCAACAAAUGGAACAACACUGUACCUUUUCUAUUUGAGGCUGGCAGUGUUGUGUUUGGAGAGCAUCUGGUGCAGGCACUGGUACACACAGAGUCACCUUUCCACCUGCCACUUGAUCCAAUUACUUCAGAGGUCGUCUACCUUGGCAUCUACUUGAUUCCUGAUGUGAAGCAGCAAGUCACGGUAAAGCUCCGGCAUUCUUAUAAGCGUGCAGGACAAGAUUACAACUUCCGCAGGGAUGGCAUGAUUUCCCCAGAGUCCCUCAGUGUCUAUGAGUUUGUUGUGGAAAACGAGCAGCGGCCACUUGUCUUCAACGUCCUCCUUGAAGUGACCCGGGUCCUAAAUUCCCAGUACCCAGUGGCAGCUGUAGUGCUCAUUUGUAAUGACUUGCAAAGUCUGAAGGAGCCAUUAUACAAGCAGGAACUGAUGGCCACAGUAGACCCUUCAGUGAUGUUGAGCAUUCCUCAAAAUGGACUAUCCACUGGAAAGAAGCUUCUUAUAAUCAUGGACAAAAAUAGUUAUGAAAAUAAUUGGGGGAGAUACAACACAUCUUCUACAGUGAUUGGUGCCGACUUCAAAGUGAGUGCAUGGUGGUCACAGUGUCUGGUGUGGGAUGGCAGCCAGUGGGAUGGUGAGCCUUGCUCUGUCAACAGUAAAUUGUCUUCCUGGGACUACACAACAUGCAGAUGCAACUCUAAAUACACAGUAUAUGGGGCCCAGACCAUACCAGUUUUGGACGAAGAAAGUAAGGUGGACGUCAAUGAACUUAUGCUACAUGAGACUUACAUUGCCUUGUACUUCAUCAUGCUGCUCCUAGUGAUUUACUUCCUCUUAGCCUUAGCUGUGCAAACUUCAGAUAGACACAGACUCCGGAGAAGAAACAUCUGGCUCCGUGAUAACAAGCUGGAGCAUGAGUGGGCAUACUUAUUGACUAUCAAGACUGGUACACAGUGGAAUGCUGGGACCACAUCAAAGGUGUAUGCCAUCCUGCAUGGCACCCACGGUAUGAGUGAGACUCGGGAGCUCCAAAGUAAGCAGACUGGUCAGCUGUUUACUCGUGGUGCUCUCUGCACAUUUAUUUUGACGACACCAGAACCCUUAGGCGACAUUCUGAAAGUUCAGGUGUGGCAUGAUAACAGUGGCGGCAGUGAGUCAGGCUGGUUUGUAUGCGAGACCAGUGUUGCAGACCUUGUGUUAGGAGCUGUCUACACCUAUCCCUGCUAUUGUUGGCUUUCUGUCCAGGCUGAAGAUGCCAAAGUAGAAAGAGAAAUAACUCUGGAGAGCCCAACGACAUUCAUGCAAGAUUUUGAACAUUUUCUGCCUCAGUAUGCCAGUGAACACAUGUUGUGGACCUCACUACUCACCACCUCCAGCACUGCCAAGUUUUACCGCCUGCAACGCCUCACCAUCUGCCUCAUCGUGUGUCUCUCCCUGGGCACCGUGUCACUUGGCAUUGUGAAGAGAAUCAACAAUGAGCACACAAUGAUGGUGCCAGACAUGCACAUUGAGUCACUUUACUUUGGUGUCAUCAUUGCUGUGAUCCUGCUGCCAGUCCAGUGGGUACUGGAGAUGAUUUUCAAGAUGAGCAAUAAAGUGGAGGAAAAAGAAUACAAUGCCAAAGCUGUUUUGGACACACUAAGGGCCAGUAAGUCAGACAGUGCAACAAGUACAGAUGAUACAAAGUCUAUCCAGAUCUCCAGUGAUAGUGAAGAAGACAUAUAUGAUCCUCAAGCUGAAAUAUGGAGGAAUUUAAGAAAAUGGAGUUUAGCAACAGAAGUAUCAUCUAGUGGAGCAGAAAUGUUUCAUCCAAUCUUGCUUCGGGACCUAGAGAUAGAAAACAUGGAAAUUACACAAAGACCAAGAUCCAAUUCAGAAAAUACAUCUAGAGUGUCUCAGUCUGAUAGUGGCAUUACCACCAUUGAACCAGAGUCACUACCCCCUAACCCUUCGGUGGUGACAGAACAUAAUGAAGUAGAUGAGCCUCCAGAAGAAAGAGACAAAAAAUUUUCUGCACCUUUUGUUCGAGUUCUGCCAAAGUUUAAAGGAAAACGAAGCUCUUGUUGUACAUCAAAAAGUAAUGGAAAAAGCAAAGAGGAUAUACAAGAAGACUGGGAAAUUCAUGAAGAUGAAGAUUAUGAUGAUGAAGAGGAUGCAGAGAGAAAUGACCUGAGAGUUGCAUCAAGCAUAACUUUCAUUUUCUCUCAGUCUGUUGGAUGGAUUAUGUGUUGCAUCUUUGUUGCUCUGUGUUGCAUGGUGCUCUAUGUGUAUGGGUCUGGCAUGCCCAUGGACUAUGCGGCACUAUGGAUCCACAUCAUAUAUGUGACAUUGUGCUGCUCUGUGUUUAUCAUGCAGCCCCUUGUGGUCAUCAUUUACACCUUUUAUAAGGUGUGUGUGUACCGAUGGUUUAAAUACAGAGGCUGCAUUAGCUCCUGCAUCACUGUUCCUCUUGAUCAAGUGGUAGAUAUUUGGAACCGUUACCAGACUGCUCUACGAAGACAGACGCCCACAACACCAGACACUAGUGAUGAGAAAUUAUUGGAGGAGCGGCAGAGGACAAGAGAACUCAGAUCUGCACAUCCUCCAAGUGAAGAUUAUUUACUCAAGUGCCGUGAAAGAGAGAUUCGAAGAGAGAGGGUGUAUGGCUUGUUUCGAAACACUCUUGGGCAUUUUCUUUUCUUGGUAGUGUUAAUAAUCAUUGCCAACAAUGAGAACAUUUACUCACGCUUCACAUUGAAUGGAGCCAUCCUGUCUUCACUGAAAAAUGGAUCCUGCUUGGAUUUGGCUCGUUAUGUGCAUGACGGAGAUACAAACACCCAAACUCUAAACAAAGAUUAUUUGACAUUUGAUGAUAUCAAGACCAAGGAUGAUUGGUGGAACUGGGCCUACACUGAACUACUUGCAUUAACAUACAGUAAUCAUGACAAAUCAUUUAGUGCAUAUAACAUUUUUUGUGACUCAAAUAGCAUCAUCAUUGGACAGCCUCGACUCAGAAAGUAUGACAGUAGCUCACAGGAAUGUGAAGCAAGCAAAUUCAAUAUUGACAGCAACAGAUCUUUAGCAGAUUUGUUGAAAAUUGGGAACUGUGUCCCAGAUUACGUAGACAAAGUGUCACACUUAUUUUCAUUUGGCUCCAGUGAAGAUAAAGAAUAUGAAUGGGAUGCUCACUUCCUGGCAGUCACUCAUGGACAGUACAGCCAGUACAGCUACACCUCUUAUAAACAGGCCUUGUCAAGCUCUCAAUUUGGUGCAGUGUUGAUGCUGUACUUACUUCAAGCAAGCAACUGGCUGGACAACAAUGUGACACGUGCAGUUGUCACCGAGUUUACCCUCUAUCAUCCCCAGACCAACAUGUACACAACCCUCAAUCUAUUAGCAGAGUUCCCAUCAUUAUCAGGAGCCAAGGUGACAACUUUUAUCUCAUCUUCACACAUUGAGAGAUAUAGAGGCAGCCUGUCUGUUGUGUGUAUGUUGGCUGAAACUCUACUCUUGGCAGUAGCAAUGUAUUACCUGAAAAGAGCUGCAGUCUACAUCUACACCUGUAGAUUCAGGAUCUUCAGAUCAUUUUGGGGAUUCCUAGAUGUUGCAAUGACUAUCCUUAGCUGGAGCUACAUUGUCUGCCUGAUGUUGCGUGUGCAAAUAGCUGAGGAUGCAAUGUGGCAACUCCGUGUGGCUUAUUUCCAGAAGUUUGUUAACCUCAAGGGUCUCACAACCUGGAAUGAAAUUUUGGAUUAUCUGAUUGGGGGCAUGUUGACUGUCCAUCUCCUACGCUGCCUGAGUCUUCUAAAAUACCUGCCUCGUUCUUACCACCUGGGGCUUGUUGUGGCCAGUGCUUGGAAGGAUGUGAAAAUUAUCAGUGUGUGCAUGCUGGUGCUUCUGAUUGCCUUCAUGGGUCUUGGUCACAUAUGGUUCAGCACUUUGCUUUGGGGCUUCCACUCACACAUCGAGAGUGUUCUCACCAUCAUUGAGAUGGUAAUGGCACGACUGCCAUUCAUGAGAACCAUAGAAGACCAAGCGACAGGGUUCAUAACCUACAUGGGUUACUUGUACUAUCUGCUCACGUAUAUCUUCCUCUACCAAUUGAUAAGGGCCUUGUAUGUUGCUGCCUUCUUGAAUGCUCGUAAGGCAUUCAUUGAUAAGCCUGGGUAAGUUAAGUAAUGCUGGUAAAAUUU